GGUGAUUUCAGUCAGAUUCAGACGAGUCAGAUCCAAAAAGAAGAUUUCAGUCAGAUUCAGACGAGUCAGAUCCAAAAAGAAAAACAUGAUGUUAGUUGUUGGACUACUCUGAAGGCCUAAAUCCUUCUUGAUGAUUCAGUGUAUCUUCUAGUUAACAAUAAUGGCCUUCACGUUUGAACAAAUUCAACUUCAUAAAGAAAGAAAAACAAAAGUCAAGCAAAUAUUUUAACUUCAGAAAAAUGAAGGUGGUCUUCACGUUUGCUGAAACUCAAUGCUAUAAAUAUGUGCUCAGAACCAUUCUCUAUUCAUCGUCUUCUUGUUCUUUCUUAUUUUCUCCAUUGUUCUCUCUAAUCUUCAAAGACAUGGCAAGCCAAAAGCUUUUCUCAGUUCUCUCAUUGCUUCUGUUGUUAUCCAUAGCUUUUGCUUUUGCAAAUGCUUCACCAGUAUACAAGAAACCAGAAGCAGCACCAAAGAUGAAAGUCGGGAAACCGGAAUAUCAUAAACACGAUGUGGAGGUUGCAACAAAACCCUCAUAUGAUGAAGACGAUGAUGAAGACAAGAAGAUUUCCGUAGUUGUCGAAGGUGUUGUUUACUGCCAAUCUUGCAAAGCAGCAGGAACAUGGUCUUUGACAGGAGCUAAAGCGAUCGAAUACGCGAAAGUCAGUGUUGUUUGUAAAGACCAUAAAGGCAGAGUUAGCUUCUACAAGACUUACACUACCGAUGUGAACGGGUACUUCUACGCCGAGCUUGAAGGAUUCAAGAUGGAUCAUUACAUCUUGGAUCAUCCUCUUCAUUCUUGUGGAGUUCAUCUUGUUUCUUCUCCACUUUCUCACUGCAACAAACUCACUAACAUCAAUUAUGGAAUCAAUGGGUCUCCUCUUCGUUACGAAAACAAGAGGUUGUUUGGAUCACAUUAUGAAGCUGUUGUUUAUGCUGCCGGACCGUUAGCUUUCCGCCCUGAGCAGUGCUACUGAUUGUAAUGAUCCUGAUAUGUGAAUUGUGUUUUGCCUGAUCUUGGUUUCUUUUUUAUGCUUUCA